CUCACAGUCCACCGGAGUCUGGACGUGGUGGUCUCCUCUACCCUGCUCCACGGAUUGUUCCACUUAUUAUCAUUCUUACUAUGAUGUCUUUACCUUCUGCGAGGAUUUAAAAGUUGCUUUGGACCUCAGAAGAGCGAUGAUGGACCAUUAAAGUUUACGCACCUUGUCGAAGGCGGAACCAGCUUUGAAAAAGAGCCGUUUUAAGAAAAAACGUGUCAUUAUUCACCCGCGAGCAUCGGUGGGCAAGCUGAAGUGUGGACGUGGGGCUGUAGUGGGACGCGGAGAAUGAUUCGGCGUGGUGCAAACCUGCCUCUGGUUUUUGGAUGUUCCAGUGCUCCUUGUGACCCAACAGGAUGCGUCAUGUUGCGUUUGAUAAGUUCCGUCUAAUUGCUGGAGCGCCGCUUUAGAAACAAGCCAAGAUGAUUUUAACAACUUUUGCCAUCCUCCUGUCAUUGCACGACUUGGUGUACACCUUGAAGGGCAGUGGUGGUGUGCCCCCCAGAGGAGGAGGAAGAGGAGGAGGAGGAGCGCGUCUGGACUGCGUCAAGGCCAGCGAGCAGUGCCUGAAGGAGGCCGCCUGCAGCACCAAGUACCGGACCAUGAGGCAGUGCGUGGCGGGCAGAGAGAGCACCCUGAGCGCGGUCACCGCUCCGGAGGCGCAGGGCGAGUGCCGGAGCGCCAUGGAGGCCAUGAAGCAGAACCCCCUAAACCACUGCAGGUGCAGGAGGGGCAUGAAGAAGGAAAAGAACUGCCUGCGCAUCUUCUGGAGCAUUUACCAGAGUUUGCAAGGUAACGACCUCCUGGAAUAUUCCCCAUACGAGCCAGUCAACAGCCGCCUCUCGGAUAUCUUUCACUUGGCCCCCAUCAUUGCUGCGGAGCCAGCUUCCACCAAGGAGAACAACUGUCUGAAUGCAGCCAAGGCCUGCAACCUCAAUGACACUUGCAAGAAGUACCGCUCGGCCUACAUCAACCCGUGCACCAGCCGGGUGUCGGCGUCUGAGGUGUGCAAUAAGCGCAAAUGUCACAAGGCCUUGAGACAGUUCUUUGACAAGGUUCCGACUAAAUACAGCUAUGGCAUGCUGUUUUGCUCGUGCCCGGCGGGGGAUCAGACGGCGUGCGCCGAACGCCGCCGUCAGACCAUCGUGCCCGUCUGCUCCUACGAGGACAAAGACAAGCCCAACUGUUUGUCUCUGCAGAACACCUGCAAAACCAACUAUAUCUGCAGGUCCCGACUGGCAGAUUUUAUUAGCAAUUGUCAGCCAGAAGCUCACUCUAUAUCAGGAUGUCUGAGGGAGAACUACGCCGACUGCCUGCUCUCCUACUCUGGACUCAUCGGUACGGUGAUGACGCCCAAUUAUAUACGCUCCCUGGGCAUUAGCCUGUCGCCGUGGUGUGACUGCAGCAGCAGCGGGAACAGCAAGCCCGAGUGCGAGAAAUUUGCAGAAUUUUUCACAAACAACAGAUGCCUACGGAACGCCAUCCAGGCUUUUGGCAACGGCACCGACGUUGGCGUGUGGCAGCCCCAGCCCCCGAUCACGCCCACCACGGGAGAGUCAGGCGUCACCCGCAGGUGGAAAGAUGGAUCCGGCCGCACGGUGGACGUGCUAACCGACAUGAGCAAACUGGAUCUGGAGGGCGGCGCCUCGUAUCACAUUUGUGGCACCUUACAGGCCCAGAAACUGGUGUCAAACCGUACAGAGGAUUCUGCUCUGUGUGCGAUGGGCGACUCAAACGCUGUCGCAAGAAGCUCCGCAGGCCAACUCACCCGUCCGCAAGCCUCAAGUCUUCUCCUGAUGCUUGCUUUCACUUUGACACCAAAAACACUCCCGCUCUUGUAGGACUUGAAGGAUGGAGGACAUCUUAUCGGGACAUUUUGCUGGCUGAACAAAGCACGGAAGAAGAUUUGCAGCGGGAACACUCAAGUGACAAGACUUUCUCUUUGUGACCUGAUGGAACAUUUGCCCAAAAUGGACGAUGUGAAGGACAUGUGGAGAACACAUGAAGAACUCUCUCUCUCUCUCUCUCUCUGCAUUUAGUGUGCUGUGAUUUGUCCUGUCAAUCAAAACAACUGCAUUCGCUCAAGAUAGUUAGGAUUUGGUCCUUGACAAUAUAAAAGGAAAAAUCUUAUUCCUCAAACGUACGAUCAGUAUUAGGUCAGCUUUGUAACUGUGGUUUGAAAAAGUUUGUAAAUAGGAAACAAAGUAACGUAACGUCCGCUAUGACGAAUGGAGCAAGCUUUUGUUUAAAAAAAAAGAGAGACCAAUAACGUUUCUUUAGUCAUGUGCUUAGUUAUACACAAGAUACACACAUAUUUGGUGUGUGUUUUUCUUCAAGAAACAACAAACACCACUUGAACAAUUAAACUGCAUGUAGCGACACUGACUCUUUGUCACCCCCUCUGGUGUACAACUGUACUACACAACAGGCAAUCCUUAUAAAAUGCUAUUCAAUUGAUAUUAAAUUGCAGAAAUUUUUGCAUGAGAAUGAAAUAGAGGGGAAAAAUGAAAAUGGGUAAAAAUUUACCGUAAAUCUAUAACAGGGUUUUUGAAAAUGUAUUUGAGCCUGUGAAUAUUCUCAUUCAUCCAGGUCAUCGUAUUCUCAGGGCAUUCAAUCAAUUGCAACUGGACAGGAUGUCAGGAUGUCUAAGAAGAUGUUUCACCUCUCAACCAAGCGGGCUUCAUCAGUUCACGGUCAAAGACUAGGUGGGACACACACCAGUCAGACUAGAUAGGACAGCUCUUGGGGCAAGAGUCAAUCUAUUUAUCCUCUAAAGGAGGAGGCAUGUCCGGACAGGAAUGUUAGAGUCUAAAUGGCCGAGCCUUUCAGGACGGGAUGAAAGAACAGCAUUGUAUGUGGGAGAAAGGUGGUGUCGCUGACCCACCCCCCUCUGUUUAGAGAUGGCUUCCCUCACUCCUCUUUCAGACCAUCUGUCUUCUCUGUCCACAUGUCCAGAAUGUGUACAUUUUUGUCCUCACAAGAGUGUUCUUUCUCUUUGAGAUGCAUGCAGACAGCAGAGUCUUGACCUGAAGAAUUAGCCCGUCCGUGUUGUGCCAUGCGCCUACUCAGCGGAUGCUUGGUUUCCCCAAUGUCAAAAUCGGUGCGUUCCUCACUGCAAUGGACAGCACAAACCAAAUCGUUUGUCUGGGUAUUGGGUGUCCUGUCUUUGGAGUGUACCAAUCUCUGUCUCAAAGUGUUUGAAGAGUACUGGUCCUGUAUGUUGUGUUUAUUCAAAAUCCUUCAGGUAGGCCUGAGACAUACGGCGAUGUUAUUGCGUCUGCUUUUCUUUUCUUUCCUCGUCCACCUUGAUUUUGUUCUUUCUGGAACGAGGUGCACUUUUUAAAACGACCAGCUGGGGUAACCACGGGUUUUGGCCUGUGGGCCAGUGGGAACAUUAUCAGCUCUGUGUUGUAGGGUUCUGAUAACACCUGCUUUGUGUUCCAUUGGGUGGUAUGAGUCAAAAAGUAGGUAUUGGUCAGCGUGUGGGGGUUUCCUGUAAACACCGACAUGGAGGCCCCCGUCUUCUGCAACGUGCACGUCACAGUCCAAAAAAGCCAACUUUGUGUCUUUGACAUCCUCACGUGUGAACGUGAUGUUUUGUCCACUGUCUUAAUGUGCUCGGUGAAAGCUAGCACUUCUUGGCUUCUAAUUUUGAGCCAUGUGUCAUCCAUAAACAUGCACCAAUGACUUGGUGCUGUUCCCUUAAAGGAGUUCAGAGCCCUCCUUUCCAUGUCCUCCAUGUAGAGGUUGGCCAUCACCAUCACUGGUGACCCCGUAGCACGACCGUGCUUUUGUCUGUAAAAAGUUGCCAUGAAUUCAAAAUAUGUGUUAUUGAGGCAAAGUUUCAUCAAAUGACAGAUUUGUUCUGGGUUGAGUGUGGAUCGAUACUGGAAGGUGUGGUAAAGGUGUAAAUGUUGCCUCACAGUUUCCACUGCAUCCUGGGUUGGAAUACAGGUGAACAGGGAGGUGACGUCAAAUGAAACCAUCAUGUCAUUUUUGUCCACUUUUAAGUGUCUGAUUUUCUUGACAAAGUCCAUUGAGUUUUAGACGUGAUGUGGUGUUUAGCCCACUGGGGGUGCUAAGAUGGUGGCCACAUACUUAACAAUAUUGCAAAUUACACAGUUAAUGCUGCUGACAAUGGGUCUGAGGGGGGGCCCUUCUUUGUGUAUUUUCAAAAGAGCAUACGACCAUCGUUGGCGGGCAGAGGCCCCAUUCCAGUGUGUCCUAACGAUCGUCAUUUGACACCACUAAAGAGCCAACCAUUCCUGUCUGGGCCUUUAAGGAUAAAUAGACGGGAUCUUGCACCAGGCUCUCAGACUGGAGCUGUCCUAUCUAGUCUGACUGGUGUGUGGUCCCACCGAGUCUUUCCGCAUGCACUGAUGAAGCCUGCUCGGAUGAGAGGUGAAACGUCUUCUAAUACAAGCUGAACACAAUUUUGAUGGAAAUAACCAGCUUUUAUGCAAAUUUUCUAGCCUGAGAAUUAAUCUAUUGUGCAUCUAUUGAGCCCGCAGCCACCUCCAUGCAAUAAAAUCUAUUUAUUCUAUUCAAUAUUCAAAUUUUUUUAAACUGUAUUUCAGUAGACUUCACAAAUAAAACAGUUUUUAUUAUAUUCAACUUUCAAAUGUAAUUCACAUUCAUUCUAAUUGAAAGCAUCCAAUGUUGAAGAUAUGUCAAAUUCCCAUGGAUGGGAAUGGAAUUUCACAAAUAUUUCCAGAAAUGUACUAGCAUUUUUUUCUUUUACAUGCAAAAUAGUUUGUUUUCUUCCAAUCCAAGUUAGGAGACAUUAAAUUCAUUCAUGUUUUCCAAUGAUUACCACCAAAACAGGCAAAACUCCCCCUAAUAAAAUAAAGUCCAUGUCUUGUUACAUUAACUACAUUGAAAAACAAGGAUAUUUAAUCCAUAUCAAAACGGAAAAAAAUCCCCCGUGUCAAUAAGAAUGUGUGAAACUCACUUUAAUGUCAAACCUGGACUGAAAAUAAU